GGAAUUUCCUUAUGGUCUGACGAGGUGACUUGGACAUUUGUUACUAUCGGCCUCGCACCGAUUUCAUUUGUUUUAUUGAGCUAAUCAGGACAGCAACAGAGAGGGCGAGUUUGAGUGGUUGUUGUGUUGGAAAAAGUCUUGGCUGUGACGACAACGAGGGAAGGUGAAGCAGGAGGAGAUAUCAACGGCAGGUCGGGUUUUUUUGGGGGGUUGUUGCGCGCUCUCUCUUUUGACCCGCAUCAUCUUUUUAUUUUAUUUUUUAAACCACGACAUUAACCUUGAGGCCUUUUUGAAGCCGGUCUCUCAUUCCUCUUCUUUUGAGGGAAACAACCUGCCUACCUACCUAUCUACAUCAGACGACAGUCUCCAAGCUUUUUGCGCGCGCGAGCAAUCAUUUGCGGUGGUCAGGGGGCAGUCUCUCUCUACCCAUCAUCCGACGGUUCAAACCUUGAGCUUUGUGGGGGUGGGGGGAAAACGACCCUGUUAAUUGGCUUUUCCCAACGACACGGGAAUUCAGGGGAUAGGAAAAAGUCAAAAAGAGGUUUACCGACGGGACGGGCCGGGACGACACAAAACGAAACGAAACGACAAGAACAACGGACGGGUGUGUGGUUUGGAUUGUUUUUUGUUUUUUUUUUGCGUUGAAGCUACUGUGUAAAGUCACAUACGGUACUCGGGCUGUCUCUCUCAGAGACACAUAUCAGGGACAGUACCCUGCCCUUGUAAGUUACCUUACCCGAAAAGCAUAUUUCCCGAAAGUCAAAUUCGGGACUGACGAGAGAACAGACGAAAAAAAGAAGGAAUUAUGAUUUCUUACAGCUUCAGGGGUCUCGAGAGAGGUGGUGGUGGUGUUGUUGUUGCUGUUGCUGGGGCGAGGUUAUCGUCGACGAGUCCGUUUCUGGCAGUGAGAGGGCUGUCGAGCAUUGCGGUACAGAGGAGGGUUUCGGCUGUUGUAUCAGGUCAACAACCGCCACCACCGCCGCCGACAAGGCCAGCAUCUUAUCAACCGAGCAACCUGCUGUUUCGAACAUUCACCAUGUCCUCCCCCCCGCUCCGGACAAAAGAAUCCAAAAUCCCCAAAAUCCUUCAUCCCUCCACCCUAACGAAAAAGCUCCAGUCCAAGCUGCCGGCUGCUAUCGUGCCGCAAAAGGAGAAUAUUUAUACUAUCCCGAAUAUUCUGACGUUUUCUCGGAUCAUCGCAAGCCCGUUUAUCGGCUAUGCCAUCCUACACGAUCAGCACGCCCUCGCUCUGGGGCUGUUUGCCUACGCGGGUGUCAGCGAUGCGCUUGACGGGUGGAUCGCGAGGAGGUGGAAGUUGCAGACUGUGGUGGGGACGGUGAUUGAUCCGAUGGCGGACAAGAUGUUGAUGACGGUUUUGGUUGUGGCGUUGGGGAUGAAGGGGUUGUUGCCUGUAUGGCUAGCAGUCCUCAUCCUGGGCCGGGACGUCGCCCUCGCCAUCUCGGCAAUUUACUACCGCUGGAUCUCGCUGCCUCCUCCCAAGACGAUGGCAAGAUACUGGGAUUUUAGCCUGCCGAGCGCGGAGGUGAGGCCGACGUUGAUUAGCAAGUUCAAUACGUUUUUGCAGUUGGGGCUGAUGGGGUUGACGACGGUGGCUCCUGUUGUCACGGCUGUUGAUUUUAGUCAGUCGUUGGCGGUUUUGCAGUACAUUGUCGCCACGACGACGGUUUGGUCGGGCGCGAGUUAUGUGUUCAGCAAGGAUGCGGUUAAGAUUCUGACGCAGCCGGAGAGCAAAAAGGAGAAGGAGGUUGUGGUGGGGGAGGAGGAGGGGAAGAAGAAGGAACUCUGAGAGAGAAGGGUGUUGGGGGAGAAGAUAAGGGUGAGGUAGUUGGGGAGGAAGGAGAGGGAGGGUUAAGUGGAUGAUGUGUGUGCUCUGUGUGUUUGGCGAGAUGGGGCAGGGAGUUUAGGGGGUUUUCGUGAGUAUUGUACAUAUCCCUAUUGCGAGCAUUAGCCUUGCUUUGCCCUUGUGAAGCAUUCUUGUAUAUAGACCGUGAACAACAUUAAAAAGUUGAAUUUUCGUUUACA